UGGAGCAAUAAAUUUGAAAAUUGGUGCGUGGAAGUCAGCGCUGAAAUGUGACGCAGUAUGCAACGUUUAUUCUUAUCUGUUUACUUGUUCCAAGGCUGCAUGAGUUUCAAUUGUUUAUCAUUGUCAUGAUGGCAACUGUGCAGGACCAAGAACUCUAUACGACCUACUCGAUAGCGAAUUGGUGGAGUGGGACUCAUCGCCGUGCCUACCGCAGCCACCUAGCCUAGAGUCUGCCAGGUGGGCUGAGCGGUGCGCUGGCCACACGCGUCGACGCCGACCGCGACCGGCGCGGAGCCCGCGGUGCCAACCCGGACAUGGGGCCCGGCAGCGUCGACCUGUCGAACCUACGGCGCCGUCACUCAGGCCGGUUGCGGUAUUCGCUGCUACUAGAACCGCUAGCCGCCCUGCAGCAGCUAGGGCUGACCGUCAUUCUUCUCGUGCUGCUGCUGUAUCCACACGUGAGCAAAAGGAUGCGAUUGCUGGGUCGCGGAUACAACCGACAGCUGUCCGACAAAUUCAGCGUUGGAUACGCACCAGGUUUCAGCCGUGGCUGCGGAAACACCAGUCCCUGCCGAGAUGCGGUUCAUUCGAACCAGUGUUCGAAUCCUUCCACGAGGAUCUGGUGCCAGUGACGGCACGAGAUUUUGGAACAGCUGAGUUUAUGGUGUCUGACCAAGGAUCCUUCUGUCACGAUGAGAGUGGAGGCAUUCUGAAGAAAAAGGAGGAACUCGAAGGCGUCCAGACGGGAGCAAGGUCCACACCGUGCCAUCUGGAAGAGAGAAAAGAGGAGAGAAACAACGUGGAUCAGAAAAGGAAAGAGAGUGUAAACUCGAAGGAUGCGCUUGCUGGGUCGCGGAUACAACCGGCAGCUGUGCUACACAUUCAGCGUUGGAUACGCACGAGGUUUCAGCCGUGGCUGCGAAAACGCCAGGCCCUGCCGAGAGGUGGUCCGCUCAAACCUGUGUCCGAGGGCUUCCACGAGGAUCUGGAGCCAGCGACGGAUGACGAAAACGAAGAUUUUGGAACAACUGUGUUUUUGGUGUCCGACCAAGAAUCCUUCAGUCACGAUGAAAGUGGAGGCGUUCUGCUUCAAAAUGAGGAAGUCGAAGGCGUCCAGACUGGAGCGAGGUCAACACCGUGGCAUCUCGAUGAGGGAAAACAGGAGGGGAACGACGUGGAUCAGAAAAGGAGCGAGAGUGUAGAAUCGAGUGAGUGUGGCAAAUGUGCAAUAGCUUUAAAGUGAUGACAUUCUGUACGCAGCUUCGGUAAAAGAGGUCCAUCGUCAACCGAGAUCAGCUCUCGGUUUCUAAACUGAAAUGCCACCCGCC